GCGUUCAGUUUAAGUGAGUUGCUACGCAACAAAUCAACACAACAGAUUGGGACGGUAGCACACGCAGCAAUGUCUUCCAGUUUCUCAGCUAACCAAUAUGACAGUGCCUUCCAAUCCAAGAGGCUGCAGAACUGGUGUGAGGCUAAGUCCUUUAAAGAGCGGCCCAGUAAACAUGUGGGUCACACCUCCUUCGUUGCAGACAGCAGAGGACAUCUGCUACCAGGAGUGAAAAAAGGCAGCGCCUGGCCAGACUUUAAGGGCACUUGGGAUUUACCAUCUCGUAUCCCAGCCCACCACAUCAACAAAACUGCCCGUUCAGCAGAGGGUCUCAUUAGACUCGAGUCGUGGGGAUUUGGCCAACCAAAGAAGGGCAAAUCACUGUCAGACAGAGGCAGCAGGAUCACAGAUGUUGGCGAGCAGACCAGCAGGGAUGUACAUCAGUAUGUUGCUGAUCCAUCUACAGGAGCUGAAGCCCAACCAGAGUCUCAGAUCAGCCCCAUCACUGGGCGUGAGAGCUACAUCUUAAAGAGACAUGAGGCCGGAUCACCUGCUGAACAAUCCAUUCAAGCUAUAAAGAAGGACAAGCCAGCGUGUGCGACUGAAGAGAAUCCGUCUUUGACAGUUACGGCUGAGACCAGAGGGGGGAGACCACAGAGCAAUAUGUCAGAGAAAGCAGCUAUGUCAUCCUUCAGGCAGACACAUGGAGACAACCAGCAGGAGCAAUGAAUUUACAACACAAUAAAAGAUAUAAUAAAAAACCCUUAGGGCAUUUAAAA